AUGUCUGAAAUUCAAAGUUCUCAAAGCUCUAAAGAGUAUCAUAUGAAUUACAAAAUUUAUUCUCACUUUGAUCCUGAAAGUGAUAUUGAUCUUGCUUUACCUUCUGACAAAUAUGUUAUCAGCAACUUACCUAUAAUUGACAAUACUAAUAAAACUGACGUGUUCAAAGAUGGUGAUUCUGAAAAUGAGCUUGAAGAUAGUCUCCUAAAAGAGAUAUAUAUGGAUCAGACUUUCACUUCAUUUGAAGUACUUGAGCAUUGUCUAAAACGUUAUUCGAUUCGGAUUGGUUUUGAAACUAAGAUAGUGCGAGUUGAAAAAGAAAAUGACAUUUGUACAAAAUUAGCUACUGGCAAUGUUCAACCAAUGACUAUUUUUACAGAUGCAGACCCAGCUAUACAGGUAGCUUUAUCUAAUGAAUAUCCUAUAAUAGCUGAUUUCGAUCAUUGUUGGAUGGAGCUAAUGAAUAAAUACCCUGAGAUUCAAGGAUACUGUGAUCGAGUAUUAUAUCCAACCAAAGAGUGCUGGGCAUAUGCAUUUACAAAAUGGAAGUUCUCAGCUAAUACACAUUCAACACAGCAGAUCGAAAGUAUAAACCGUGUUAUAAAAUUAGAGGCAAAUUCUGAAAAUUUCUUAUGUCAGCUUCAAGCUGGAAUUGAAUUACAGUUAAAAGAUGAAGCAAAAUAUGCAAGUCUACAGGAAUUUCGAAUAUGA